CAAUAACGAUGGUGACUUCUUUGACAAUUAUGAGAAAGAAAAAAUGGAAGAAGUGAAAAGUUAUUGUACUGAUGGCUCUGCAGAUGAUGAAGAACUUUAUAUAAACCUCUGGGAGAAUGCAUAUAGCCCAGCUAUAUACUUAACAUCUAUUGAAGAAAACAACAAGAAAAGCCACUUAUCUCUUAAGGCAGUUCAGCAAUUUGUUCACAACAGGAUUAAACCAACUGGGCCAAACCAUAGAAGCGCAGCACAAAAUGAUACCGAGAGCGUGAAGCCUAUUAAGCAGUCUGCUUAUAGGAUCUUACCUGACGAACAAGACUUUCUAGAAAAAGAAAUCAAAAAAUUAUUAGAAAAUGGAUUAAUUUAUAAAGUCAAAAGCCCUUGGACUUCUCCCAUA